UCAUCAGUCAGGAUCCCCCACCUCGCAGAAGAUGGAUCGAACUGGGUGCUCUAUAAGGAGCAACUCAGGUCCGCCGUAACGGCGAAGAAGCUGGUGCGAUAUCUCGAUGGCCGCGACAAGGAGCCUACUGCACCCACGGCUCCAGGGGUGGAUUCCGACGCAGACGAGGCGUACGCAGAUGCGUACGACACUUGGGCCGCCGGACAUGAGGCGAUCAAAACGCUUCUAUACCAGACGCUACCGGAAACGCUGAAACUCCGGAUUAUCCCCGAGAAGAAGGCGUCCGGAGCUUGGAAGGUGGUCAUAGCUGAGUAUGACAAUCGCGGUGACUUCGUCCAGGCUGAACUGCUCCGACGCAUGCAUGCUCUUCGCUGCACCGAGGAGAAGGACCCUCGACCGACCCUAGAUAAGCUCCAGAAGCUUAAGGCCGAGUUCACGACAGCUGGCGGUGCGUUCGCAUUCGCCAUUGCGACCGAUUUUUCGAAGGUCAAGGGAGCGAAGCUCCCGAAGCUCACCCAGAUCCUCGAUUCAGGUGCAAGCCGACACUUCGAUCUGGUACGCUCAAAUUUCACCACAUUCUGGGAGAUCGAACGCAAGCCGAUCACAUCAGCCGACGGCCGUGUCUUUUAUGCCACCGGUGAAGGCGACGUCUGCGUC